GCUGGGACAGUGAAGCAUGGAGCUGUAUUUCGGUGAAUACCAACAUGUGCAGCAGGAAUAUGGCGUCCACCUACGGCUUGCAAGUGAUGAGACCAAAAAGUCAAGAAAUUCCCAGCACUCCAAGGCAGGCUCCUAUGGGGUCAGUAUUAGGGUCCAGGGAAUCGACGGCCAUCCCUACAUAGUUCUGAACAACACAGAGAGGUGUCUUGCUGGCACAUCCUUUCCUGAAAAUGGGCCAUCAUUUCCACCUCCACUGAUAAAUCACCUGCCCCCCCAUUCUAGCAAUGGGUCUGUGCUAAAGGAGAACAGCAGAGAAGAAUUACAGCUCCCAGAAAACCCAUAUGCCCAACCCAGCCCAGUAAGAAACCUGAAACAGCCCCCUUUCCAUGAGGGCAAGAAUGGAGUUCUAGAACACAAAGAUGGGCCCAUGAAGCCAUCCCAUGUGCUGAACUUUCAGAGGCAUCCGGAGCUUCUGCAGCCCUAUGACCCUGAAAAGAAUGAGCUGAACUUACCAAAUCACCAACCUCCUGAAAGUAAUUGGCUAAAAAAUUUAACAGAAGAAGGUACCAAUAAUAAGAAGGCUUGGACUUAUUUUCCCAAACCUGGCAGUUCCCAGCCUUCCAGCCCUCCCUUGGAAUCCAAUGUGACAGCCAUUCGUCUGUGCAGCUCUGUGGUCAUUGAAGACCCCAAAAAGCAGACCUCAGUGUGCUUGAAUGUUCAGAGCUGCACCAAGGAGAGGGUGGGAGAGGAGGCUGUUUCCCCUAGUGAGAGGUCCCUAGCUGCCCACAGCCCACAUGCCCACCCCGAAACCAAGAAAACCAGGCCAGAUGUUCUUCCCUUCCGUCGACAAGAUUCAGCGGGACCGGUCCUGGACGGAGGUCGGUCACGGAGGUCGUCCUCGUCAUCCACGACUCCCACUUCAGCCACCUCCUUGUACAGAUUUUUACUUGAUGAUCAGGAAUGUGCCAUCCAUGCUGACAACGUCAAUCGUCAUGAAAACAGAAGGUACAUCCCCUUCUUGCCAGGAACUGGGCGGGAUAUUGAUACGGGAUCAAUUCCUGGUGUGGAUCAGUUAAUUGAAAAGUUUGAUCAAAAACCUGGGCUUCAGAGAAGAGGAAGAUCUGGAAAACGAAACAGAAUCAACCCAGAUGACAGGAAAAGAUCCCGCAGCGUGGAUAGUGCCUUUCCUUUUGGUCUUCAGGGGAACUCGGAGUACCUAACCGAAUUUAGUAGGAACUUGGGCAAGUCUAGCGAACACCUCCUCCGUCCCUCCCAGGUGUGCCCGCAGAGGCCGCCGUCUCAAGAACACCGAGGGAAGCAAAGUGUGGGCCGCACCUUUGCCAAACUGCAGGGAGCCACUCGGGGCGCUCAGAGCGCCCUCCCCAGGCCUCAGCAGAACAAAGAUGGGAAAGUGGCUGAAAACAAAGGAAGUCCGGAAAGCAUGGUGAUUCCUGUGUCCUCCCUUCCCGCACAGAGUAAAAAGGAAGAAGAAAUAAAAACAGCCACUGCUACCUUGAUGUUACAGAACCGGGUGGUGCCAACCUCACCCGAUUCUGGUGCCAAGAAAAUUUCUGUGAAGACGUUUUCUUCCAGCUCAAACACUCAGGCCACACCGGAUCUCCUGAAGGGCCAGCAGGAGCUCACUCAACAAACCAACGAGGAGACUGCCAAGCAGAUACUUUAUAAUUACCUCAAAGAAGGAAGUACGGACAAUGAGGAUGCUACCAAAAGGAAAGUCAACUUGGUUUUUGAGAAAAUCCAGACCUUAAAGUCACGAGCAGCCGGGAGCGCACAAGGAAAUAAUCAAGCUUCUAACUCAUCAUCUGAAGUCAAAGACCUAUUGGAACAGAAAAACAAGUUGACCUUAGAAGUGGCUGAACUUCAGAGGCAGCUUCAACUAGAGGUCAAGAAUCAACAAAACAUCAAAGAAGAGAGAGAGAGGAUGCGGGCAGACUUGGAAAAGCUGCGAAGCCAAUGUGACAGUAAGGUGGAAGAGAACUCCACAUUGCAGCAGCGACUGGAAGAAAGCGAAGGGGAGCUCCGGAAGAACCUGGAGGAGCUCUUCCAGGUGAAGAUGGAACGAGAACAGCACCAGACGGAGAUCAGGGACCUCCAGGACCAGCUCUCAGAAAUGCAUGAUGAGCUGGACAGUGCUAAGCAGUCUGAAGACAGGGAGAAGGGGGCGCUGAUAGAGGAGCUCCUCCAGGCAAAACAGGAUCUUCAAGAUCUGCUGAUCGCCAAGGAGGAGCAGGAAGACCUCUUGAGAAAGCGGGAGCGUGAACUCACGGCCCUCAAGGGUGCUCUGAAAGAAGAGGUUUCCAGCCAUGACCAGGAGAUGGACAAGCUGAAGGAACAAUAUGAUGCCGAGCUGCAGGCCCUGAGGGAGAGCGUGGAGGAGGCCACAAAGAAUGUUGAGGUCCUGGCCAGCCGGAGCAAUGCUUCAGAGCAAAGCCAGGUGGGAGCUGCCAUCCGCGAGAAGGCUUUAAAGGAGGAGAACGAGAAGCUGCGGGAAAGAAUUGGAGAGCUGGAGCGGAGAAUGGCUCAGCUGCAGAGGCAGAUGGAGGACGUGAAGGGUGAUGAAGCCCAAGCGAAGGAAACGCUCAAGAAGUGCCAGGGUGAAAUGCAGCAGCUGGAGGAGGCCCUUGUGCGUGCCAAAAAGGAAGAAAAAGAAGCCAUGUCAGCCAGAAGGAUCCUAGAGAAUGAGCUUGCAGAUGCUCAGAGAGAUCUCAGUCAGAUCACCCAGAAGCAGAAGCAUCUGUCUGAGAAGCUACAUGAUGAGACUGAGCAGAAGGAACAGUUGAGAAAGCAGAAGAACGAGAUGGAGAAGGAGCGCUGGCACCUUGACCAAACCAUUGAGAAGCUACAGAAGGAGAUGGCUGACAUUGUUGAGGCGUCCCGCACAUCAACGCUGGAACUCCAGAACCAGCUGGAUGAGUAUAAAGAGAAAAAUCGCAGGGAGCUUGCAGAAAUGCAAAGGCAGUUGAAGGAGAAAAACCUAGAGGCAGAAAAGUCCCGGCUGGCAACCAUGAAAAUGCAAGAUGAGAUGCGGUUAAUGGAGGAAGAGUUACGGGACUACCAGCGAGCUCAGGAUGAAGCACUCACAAAAAGACAGCUUCUGGAGCAGACACUGAAGGACCUGGAAUACGAGCUGGAGGCCAAGAGUCACCUCAAAGACGACCGCAGCAGACUCCUCAAACAGAUGGAGGACAAGGUGUCCCAACUGGAGAUGGAACUAGAAGAAGAAAGAAACAACUCGGAUUUGCUGUCUGAGAGAAUCACUCGGAGCAGGGAACAGAUGGAGCAGAUGAGGAAUGAGCUACUUCAGGAGAGAGCUGUGAGGCAAGACUUGGAGUGUGACAAGAUUUCCCUGGAGAGACAGAACAAGGACUUAAAGAGUCGGAUUAUCCAUCUGGAAGGUUCCUACAGGUCCAGUAAAGAAGGGCUGGUGGUGCAAAUGGAGGCCAGGAUUGCAGAACUGGAGGACCGUCUGGAGAGUGAGGAGAGGGACCGGGCCAACCUACAGCUCAGCAACCGAAGGCUGGAGCGGAAAGUGAAGGAGCUGGUGAUGCAGGUGGACGAUGAGCAUCUGUCGCUGACCGAUCAGAAGGACCAGCUGAGCUUGCGCCUGAAAGCAAUGAAGCGACAGGUAGAGGAGGCUGAGGAGGAAAUCGACAGACUGGAAAGUUCUAAGAAGAAGCUGCAGAGGGAGCUGGAGGAGCAGAUAGAUGUGAACGAGCAGCUGCAGGGGCAGCUCAAUUCCAUGAAGAAGGACUUAAGACUUAAGAAGCUGCCCAGUAAAGUGCUGGAUGACAUGGACGACGAUGACGACCUCAGCACCGAUGGGGGAAGCCUCUAUGAGGCACCACUGAGCUACUCCCUUCCCAAGGACAGCACCGCCACCAGCCAGAUCUGAGUCCACGUCCAGGGCUGAAGUGGCCCAUCCUUCCUAACGGACACUGCAGCCAUCCAAAGCAGAAGGAAG